AUGGAUAGAUCGCUGAAAUGUUUCACCAAUUGCCUGCUUUGUACCUCCGGCGAACUGGUGGCUCAAGAUCUUUACUUCAGCACUGAGCAGGGCACCAUCACGCCCAACUACUACUAUCGGCAGGAAGGCGUUGAGCGAAUAGACCUAGAUGGUAAAAUUGUUGCACCAGGGUUUUUGGACUUGCAGACAAACGGCAUGAAGGGUGUCCAUUUUACGCAAUUGGCCCUAGGCAAUGCUCCAGGGGACGAUGAGCGGAGGUUGGAAGAAGUCAGUAAGAUGGAAGUCUGUCACGGGGUGACAGGUUGGUGGGCGACUGUUCCUACGGUGGACAAGGACCGGUGGAAACAGAUAGUGCCAGUUUUGAAACCACGAACGUUUGUCUCCGGGGCCGACUUGCUGGGAGCACACGUCGAGGGGCCGUAUCUCAAUGCCUCGAAGAAAGGUGCCCAUAGUGCCGCCUACCUCCAAGAGCCGGCGAAAAUAUCCCCGCAGGUCUUAUAUGGCGACGACAAUCUCAUAGACGCAAUCAAGCUGAUCACGCUGGCACCGGAGCUGCCCGGCUCGACCGCGCUGGUGGACCAGCUGCAAGAAGAAUAUCCUCAUAUUGUCAUCUCACUUGGACAUUCGGCGGCCACAUACGAGGAGGGUCUCGCGGUUUUGCAACUGGGUGCCCGAGCAUUGACGCAUGUCUUUAACGCAAUGUUGCCUCUGCACCAUCGCAAUCCUGGACUCGCUGGGCUGAUGGGGACUGGGAAGUGUUAUUACUCGAUCAUCCCGGACGGCAUACACCUGCACCCCUCACUCGUAACUCUUUGCAUGCGGACCGACCCAAGGAAAUGUAUCUUCAUCACGGACAGCGUCGAACUCGCUGGCUUACCGGAUGGCGUACACGGUGGGCAUGGCCAGAUUGCACAACGGCAACUUAAGCAAGGCAACAAAGCCACCAUUGAAGGCACAGAUACGUUGAUUGGUGGUUGCUGUACGCUGGACGAGUGCAUACGGAAUGCGGUGGCAUUUACCGGGUGCAAUCUUGCUGAAGCCGUGCAAUGUGCCACGGAAAACAUUGCGGAUAUGAUGAGCGAGAGCAAGAGAGGAAGGCUCGAACCUGGUCGACGCGCCGACUUCGCCAUUCUGGACCAUGAGGGGGUUGUUCUGGAGACGUGGAUCGGGGGAAGCAAAGUAUGGGCAAGGAUGUGA